AUGCUGGCGCUCGACCUUCAGCCUUACAUCUGUGUCGAAAAUCGAGGUUUCAAAGAGCUUAUGAACCACAUGGAGCCGUUGUACAAGAUACCCAGUCGCACGACGUUUUCGAGGACAAUCAUCCCAGCGUUGUACAGAGACACAGUUACGGCUGUCAAGGAGAGAAUGCAUGCGGACUUCCAGGAAGGCAUAGAGUCGAUCUCGUUUACAAGUGACAUGUGGACGUCGAGGUCUAACCAAAGUUACAUCAGUCUUACCUGCCACUACUUAACCUCCAACUUCGAGAUGAGAAGCUUUGCAUUGGACAACCGGAGUGUGACCGAGAGUCACACUGCUUGCAACAUCAUGGAGCACCUGCAAGCAAUGAUGGAUAACUGGGAGCUGCCACUGCAGGAAGUGUCAGUCUAUGUGGUGAUGGACAAUGCACGAAACUUCCGUGCGGCCCUUAGGGGCAUUUCUUGCGUCCCAAUGCAGUGUAUGGGCCAUACACUGCAACUAGCUAUAAAAGAUGCCAAGGAAGAAACAGCAGGAGUUCCUGCCAUUCUCAAGAAGUGUCGCGCAAUUGUCGGUCAUUACAAACACAGUGCCCAAGCUGCGGCAAGACUGCAGGAUUGCCAGCGACGGAUGGAGCUCUCAGUUUUGGAACUUAUUCAAGACGUGGAAACAAGAUGGAACAGCGAGCAUGACAUGCUCUCACGUCUUGUGCAACUGAAAGAAGCCGUCUGUUUAGAGCUUGCCACCUCUGAGACAACUGUGCCCAACCUGACACCCCAGGAGUGGAAAGCAGUGGCUGGGCUCGUCAAAGCUCUUGAACCAAUCGCAUCGGCGACCAAAGAUCUUAGUGGCCAGAAAUAUGCAACUUUGUUGUCAGUAGUACCAUUUCUCUAUGGGACACAAAUGGUCCUGAAAGACUGCAUUGCAGCCGAUGAUGACACCUCAGAGUUUGCAAGAAACUUGCUGAAAAGCAUGAGGACAAGGUUUCCAGGGCAGGACGAGCAAAAGGAGUAUGUGUUGGCAACCGCGUGUGACCCAAGGUUUAAGAACCUCUUUUGUGCUCAAACAUUCGAGGAAACAAGGCUCGUGGAGCUUGCAAGACUGAGUUGCAGAGCUCUCCAGGAGAAGCAUCAAUUGACUAUACUGAAGCGUCAACAUCUACAGCUCACAAGGAGCGCGUCAGCAGUAUCUGGGACAGCAUUGAGAAGCUGGCAGCGUCAUCAAAAAGAAGACACUCCUUCAAAACAGCCAACAUCGAGGAGUUUCAGCGGUACCUUCGAGAGCCCACUUGCAGUAAGGACCAAGACCCUCUAG